AUGCCGCCAACUCUUCGCCUGUCUGUGCCGACGGCAGAGAGCUACAAUGACGCAAGCCACGACGACUAUGGAACCCCAAACAGCGAAUCGGACUCUGACGACGGUUCCUAUGUGAGCGACGACGACGAGCAAUCGGACCAAGUUCGCUCCCCAACACGUCUGGUGUACAACCUGGACGAACUCCCGGAAAAGACAAAGUCGACUGUCCGCGAUACGUUCAACGAGCCACCGGCCAUGGUCGUGCAGCACUGUCGCCAGGUGGGAGACACCUUUGCCUUUCAAAUGUCCGAGGUUGUGACCCGCUCCGUUCGCAUCCGCGCGCCCACAUCCGGUGAAGCACGCAUGAUCUGCUCCUGUGCGCAGGGCGCGCGCGAGGACGACAAGGAGCCCUGCAGUCACAUCCUCUGGCUCCUCGACCAGCUCGUCAACCAGACGCUGUAUCGCGCCAACCACGAGGCGCCUCUUACCAUGACCUCUGCUGGCUACCCCAAAGAGAUGGGAGACCCUUUCGAGGCCAUCUCCGAACACCACCUGAAUAUUGUGGCCGAUGGGCUGCACUGCCGACACGUCGACCCGGACUGCUACGACCCCAGACAGGCUGACAAGCACCGCAUUGAAGAAUCACGGAAUCUUUUGUCUUCGGUAUACCAAACCGAGACGGAUUCCUUCCGCCCUGAUAUCUUCGACAGCCCAUUUCUCGGCCCACUGAUUGUGAAGCCCCAGGAUCUUGACUACACUGUAUUCCGCAUGUUGGUCGACGACGACAUCUUCUUCAACUACUUCCUCUCAGAGACGACGCGUGGGAGCGAUAUUCUUCAGCAGUUUCGCCUGCUCACGCACCGAAUAAAUGCGGUUCUCCAAGACUUUGACACACACAACUCGGGAGUCUCCAGCGACGAGCCAAACACACCUCCAGGAACUCACUCUGUCGCUUGGGCAGCGCGCCACAUCGAAGGCGUGAUUAGCCUCAUCCGCUACGCCAUGUGGAGUGGCAAGCGACCGCUCAAGGCCGUGGAGAAGGACGCUGCCGCAAAGACUCUGAUUCACAUCCUCGACUCUGUCGCGAAGCGCCACAACGAUGUCCGCGCUGGGGGCCGACGCCCGGAUCGAAGCCUCUUCCUCCGCUUCCUCGGAGACGUGGAUCGCGGCUUCAUCCUGGACGAGCUAGAGAAUAUCCCAGAGGGUGCGCAAAAGUUCACGCAUCACCUUGAGCGAACCGUCAACACAAUGGCUCAAAUAGAAGCGGCGCCAACAUAUGUGAACAGAUUUCGCAAAUUCAUUGCGCAACUGAAAAUGAGCGGACCGCCGCGUCUGAAGCGCGAGAACUCGGACAGUGAUGACGAGGGUGCAUUCAAACGCAGGGCUUAA